UGUGGUGACGUAUAAUAUAUGCGACUCUCAUAUCAACAUGCGGGGAAGAUGCGUCGACCGGAGCCAACGUGCGGACUAACGAAACAUCCCAUUCAUUGAACGAAAUAGACGAAUACGAACAAGUUUGCCCUUUAACCCGAGAAUCAUGGCGAAUGUCAACUUUCACUUCAAAACAAAUUAUGCUGUUUCGAGUAAAAUCGAGCCAUUCUAUAAAGGAGGAAAAGUGCAGAUCAGCAAAGAUGAGCAAUACAUCUUUUGCAUGUGUGGCUCUCGUGUCAAUGUUUUGGAAAUCAGUACAGGGAAGGUCGUCCACAGCAUUGAGCACGAUGAUCAAGAGGACAUCACAUCGUUUGCGCUUAGCUGUGAUGACGAGAUGUUGGUAACAGCCAGCAGAGCGCUCCUCCUUAAGCAGUGGGACUGGAGGCAAGCAAAGUGUACUCGCUCCUGGAAGGCCAUACAUACUAUUCCUGUAGCCAGCAUGACUUUUGACUCCACCUCCACGCUCUUGGCCACAGGCGGUUGUGAUGGCACUAUCAAACUCUGGGACGUGGUCAAGCAGUACUGCACCCACAACCUGAAAGGCUCUUCAGGUGUUGUACACCUGGUGGAAUUCCACCCAGACACCGAGCGUCUGCAGCUCUUGUCGUCCUCGGCGGACUGCGCCAUCCGGCUUUGGGACCUGCGCACCAGCCGGUGUGCGUUUGUGCUUCAGAGCCACUACAGCGCCGUCACUUCCCUUAGCUUCAGCCCUGACGGUGACACCAUGGUCAGUUCAGGGAGAGAUAAGAUCUGCACAGUGUGGGAUCUGAAGAGUUGGACAGCUAAGAGAACUGUACCCAUAUAUGAGGCUGUGGAGGGUGUUGUGAUCCUGCCCGCCGAAACAGACCUCUCUGAAAUUGGAGUCAAGAACAAAGACUUGCAUUUCAUCACAGCUGGCAGCAAAGGGCUGUUGAGAGUGUGGGAGGCCAGCACGGGCCGCUGUGUCUACAAGCAGCCCCUCCCGUCCUCCGAGGACGAGGACGAGGAGGAGAAGCGUGACGACGACCCCCGCGGUCUGAGGUACUUGCUUCAGCUGCCCGCCUCCGCCAGGCUCGCCACCGUCACUGCGGAGCACAACAUUGUCCUCUACCGGCUGGCUGAUCUCAGCACACGGCAGCAGUUUGUGGGUUACAGCGACGAGGUUCUGGACGUAAAGUUCCUGGGUCAAAGCGACAGCCACAUUGUGGUGGCCACCAACAGCCGCCAGCUCAAAGUCUUUGAGCUGCUCACCAACAGCUGCCAGAUCCUCUACGGGCACUCGGAUACCGUCCUGUCUUUGGACGUCUUUAAAAAAGGCUUGGUCUUUGCAAGCUGCGCAAAGGACCGGUCGGUGCGCGUGUGGCACAUGGACGCCGGCAGCGGCCGCGUCCGCUGCGUGGCCCGCGGCCGCGGCCACGCCGACGCCGUGGGCUCCAUUUCCUGUUCCAGGAUGAAGACGUCCUUCGUGGUGUCCGGCAGUCAGGACUGUACCAUCAAGGUGUGGGACCUCCCCCCAGACUUGCUCGCCGCCGGCACGGAGUUGCACCAGCUAACUGCGCGGGCCACAGAGAAGGCGCACGAUAAGGACGUCAACAGCGUGGCCGUUUCGCCCAACGACAAACUGCUGGCGUCCGGUUCUCAGGACCGCACGGCCAAGCUGUGGUCGCUGGCGGGCGAGGGGACGCCGGAGCCGCUGGGCGUGUUUCGGGGCCACCGGCGCAGCGUCUGGGCCGUCUGCUUCUCGCCCGUCGACCAGGUGCUGGCCACCUCCUCCGCGGACGGCGCCGCCAAGCUGUGGAACCUGCAGGACUUCAGCUGUCUCAAGACCUUCGAGGGCCACGACGCGUCCGUGUUGAAGGUCACCUUUGUGAGCCGAGGCACUCAACUGCUCAGCAGCGGCUCGGACGGUUUGGUGAAGCUGUGGACCAUCAAGACCAACGAGUGCGUGAAGACGCUGGACGCCCACCAGGACAAAGUGUGGGGGCUCCACAACAGCAGGAAGGACGACAAGAUGGUGACCGGGUCAGCCGACUCCAUCAUCACCGUCUGGACGGACGUGACGGAAGCGGAGCUUGCCGAGCAGCAGGCCAAGCGAGAGGAUCAGAUCAUCAAGCAGCAGGAGUUGUCCAACCUGCUCCAUGAGAAGAAAUACCUGAAAGCGCUGGGCCUCGCCAUCUCGUUGGACCAGCCGCACACGGUGCUGUCUGUCAUCAAAGCGAUCCGUCAAACUGAAGAGGGUGAGGGUGGCGACCUUCUGGAGGAGACCCUUUUGAAACUUCGAGUGGAUCAGAAAGAGUCGCUGCUGCGCUACUGCGGCGUGUGGAACACCAACGCCAGGAACUGUCUGGAUGCCCAGGUGGUCCUCAAGGUUCUGCUCACGCAUCUCCCGCCUGACCAGCUGCUGCGGUACCGGGACGCCCGCGCCGUCCUGGAGGGCCUCAUACCGUACACGGAGAGACACAUGCAGAGGAUUGGCCGACUGCUGCAGGCGUCCAUGUUCCUGAACUACAUGUGGCAGAAGAUGCGAGUAGCCGGAGCGCCGCCCAGCUUUGGCCAAGAUGAAGAAAUGGACGCCUCCCCGCUCGCCCCCGAGCCCGUCUUUAUGAUCGACGAGGAGACGACAGAGGGCGGCGGCCGAAACGACCGCGUCGCGGACGACAGCGGCAGCGACGAAGAUCCGAAUUGCGCCGCUGAGGAGGAAGAGGCCGCCGACGAGGUGAAAGUCGCCGCAAACGGCCGCCGCCGCCCGGAGAACGGGGCCGAGGAGAGUUCUGACGAGGAGUCGGAUCAAAUGGCCGACGACGACGCCAAAUGUGUGCCGGCCUCCUCUUACCCGCAACGCUCGCUGAGUGCGUUCAUGAAGGUCGCUCAUUAGCUGCAGACGUUUAAUGGGGGGACGGACCGAGGAAUAAGAACUGGCGCCAACAUCCGGACUGUACGCCGCCUCCUACCUGCGGCGUUUACCAACAACGGCGGCAUUGUUCCGCGCGAUUGCCAAGCUCCUCCGCAGUCAUGCGAGAUAAGCAGAUUUUUUUUUUCUUUGUCAGAAUUACGAAAUAACCAUCUUGUUCUUUCUAAUUAAAAUCAAACCGGUCGGAUCGGAAUACAAAAGUG